UCAAACCGUUACUCACUCGGCACGGCCGUGCAAAGAAUGCAAGACAGGGAAUGGACGCACCAGUGCGUGUUGACGUUGUCCGUGAACGACGCGGAGCAAGACGACGGCCACAACUGCAUAAAGAUUUACUUCGCUGACAAAAGUUCCAACUCUAAGAAAGCAAUCGCAACGUACCGAAAAGAUCUACUAAACAUGACUCAAGCCUGCAACCGUUCCGUUGAGAUUUCAGCGGUACUCUACGUGGGCUCCAAGUCUAACUCCUCGGGAGCCGUCGUCCUGGCUCGACUACAUCCGACCCGAUGUUGCCCCGCCAGCCGCAUUCUCUCUCUCGCUCAGAAAUGGAUACAAAGCAACCGUAUACCAGACGUUCGAUUGGAGACGUUUCACGACGUCGACGGUGUGUGCAGACCGACGUAUGGAGCAAAAAACCGCGUCUGUACCGCCUACGGAUACUGUCGUCUCAAUAACGAUGCGACAGAGCCUUACAAAGCGUUGAAAAAGUGCCGAAACAAUCGAAGUCAAACGAAGGAAAGUAAAUCGGGUGAGUGCGAUGCUGCUCCUUCGGGCGAUCCGACGGUAGAUCUCUUCAAGCAUUGUCCAAAACUCGAUUAGUGAAGCGAUUACUAUAGGCAAUUUAACAUUUUUAGUGGUAACAAAGUAAGAUAUAUUAUAGACUAUAAUUUAUUUGUAAAAAAUUGCAUUUUUGUAUUAGAGUAUUGUGACUGCAUGGAAUAUGAUAUUGCUCACUCGUGUCAAUUA